CGGCGUCUAUCCACAUAAAUUUCCUAUAUAAAUACGUAAUUUAAUGUCUCAUAACAUAAAAAAUAUAUUAGUGCAAGCUAAGAACUGUUACAAUCGACUUGUCAAUAUGAACAAGAGUAGCUACUGGAAGUUGCAGAUGUGUGGAACCGAGGAGGAGAUGAGGGAGGUGGCCGGCAGAAUCUGCAGGAACUACCUCCAUGGUGCCUGGAAGUGUGUGGACCCUAAGGAUUUGGAUUUCAGACGUAUCAGUGGUGGUCUCUCCAACUUUCUGUACUAUGUGGCUCUACCUGCGGAUGUACCGUCCAAGCUGAGCUACCAGCGAGACUCCAGCCCGGAGUCCGAACCCGAGGCCAAGAUGAGGAAGCCGCUGCUCAGCUCCCAGUCCUUCUGCAUGGAUGAGCCCAGAAAGGUUCUGCUCCGCAUUUACGGGCAGGUGCACGGCGAGCGCGCGAUGGACGCGAUCGUCACGGAGUCAGUGAUAUUCACGCUGUUGUCGGAGCGGCGACUCGGGCCCAAGCUGCACGGUGUGUUCUCCGGCGGUCGCAUAGAGCAGUAUAUACCGGCCCGCCCCCUCCUCGCCCGGGAGCUAAUGGAGCCGGCUCUGUCCAUGAAGAUAGCGGAGAAGAUGGCGGCCAUCCACAGCAUGGAGGUGCCGCUGACGAAGGAGCCCAGCUGGCUGUGGAAGACCAUGGGCAAGUGGCUCAAGACCGCGCAGAACGAGCGGUUCGCGCCCGACGCGCCGCCAGGAAGGACUGACGAGGAGCAGGAGGUAAUUAGAAAGCUGAAGGCGGUAGACUUCGACAAGGAGAUCGAGUGGCUCAAGAAGUUCCUCGCCACUGUCGACUCGCCUGUCGUCUUCUGCCACAAUGAUAUGCAAAAAGGCAACAUCCUCCUCCUAGAGGACGAGCCGACCCCCUCCGAGGACGAAAUCUCGUCGGAGUACGUCGGCAGCUUCGACGGUAAAAAGCAGUGCGUGCUCACACAGUUCGACGACACCAACACCUCCGACAGUAUCCUCAGCCACAUGUCCGACAGCGGGGAACCCAAACUCGUCCUCAUCGACUUCGAGUACUGCGCCUACAACUACCGGGGCUUCGACAUUGCCAACCACUUCCAAGAGUGGCUGUACGACUACACCAACCCCGAGCAUCCGUUCUACUACGAGAACCACGAGAACGGACCCACCCUUGAGCAAAAGGAGAUAUUCAUCAAGGAGUAUCUGAAGCAUUAUCACGCGAACCUCUCAGAGGACAAGGAAGUCCAGGAGCCGGAUAUAGACGAGGUGAACAAGCUGCUCACCGAAGUGGAGGCGUUCGCGCUCGCCUCGCAUCUGCUGUGGACGCUCUGGUCCGUUGUCAACGCCUCCAAGAGCAAGAUCCCCUUCGGUUACUGGGAAUACGCGCUGUCGAGGCUGGAGACAUAUCUCAGUCUGAAGCAGGAGGUGAUCAAAAAAGACAAAUUCGGCUACCCACAGAAGAGGAAAAUCUGCGAGGUCGACAUAUGAGAGGUCUGCGACUCGCUCGCCGCGGUCUAACCCCACCCUCGUGAGGGGGAGACUUGCCGUAUCGAGUUACUCACGUGUUAUAUCGAAUAUGACGUUAAGAACUGCUUACCUGAGUGAUAUGAGUGGAGAAAUUUACAGGGUGGUUCAAAUUCCUGGUCAAUACUUAAGUUUAUACAGGCUGUUUAAGAUUUCGAAUAUUUUAUUUAAAGUUGUAAAUAAUAAUUUAACGUGUAUUGUAAUUUACUGACAUUUGAAUCAAAUAAAAUUUUCCUAUUUAGUAUGUCGGUCAAACGUAGGUAAUGAAAAAUAUUUCAAUCUGUGUAGUUUGACCUCCAUCAAAGUAUUUCAUUGAAGUAAAAAUAGAUCAUAAACCGCACAAACCACUGAGUUCUAAAACAUUUCGGCGACAAAGUAUUAAACAUAUCGGCACCGACUCCAGAAUUGUGCCUUGUUUGAUGACAGUGACAAAAUUAAGGGUGUACGUAAUUUUUACCUGUAAAUACAUAGUAUUCAUAUACGAGACGGUUGUUUAAGUUACACUUUAAGAUGGCGUAGCCAAUGUGUUAAAUGACUGAAUGUCGCUUCGUCUGGCUGAUAGACAGGAAGUUGUGCAGAAACGGGCCACCGGCGACCGGUCGCUGCUACACAAAUAACAAGCUCAAAGUUUGUAGCUGAACAUGUAUCGGUGGCCGCUUGCGGGGGCCCGUUCCCGCCAGUCGCGGUGGCCGAGAUCUGACGUAGGUUCGGAAUGUGAUACCGGUUCGUCCUCUGUACAUUCCCGGGGUAUGUUUGCAUUUAGCACUAGUACUUAUUGUAGACCCUCCGUAGAUAAGUCGAUGACCAAAAUUUUGUAUGUAAAUUCUAACUCUGACCUUUGAAUAGCGGGAAAUUUUUCCAAGUAUUAUUACGUGCUUAGUCUGAAGGCUAUGUAGACAGAUCGACUCGGCGAUUCUUUUUGCUUAUAGAAUAGAGAUGAGUGCUAGUCGUCCCGUCGAUUCGCGACUCGAAAUUUUUGCACAGAGGUCGCUAUUAUUGUCAUCAUCAUAUUGUCUAAAAAAUCGGGCUUAGACGUAACCUUGUGGUACAACCAAAAUUCAAUUGGUACGACCCUAGCUCUAUACUUUUUUUCUCUUACUUAACUAAAAUGAUAUAGGUAGAUAAUUUUUAGGCUUGACUGAAAAAAUAUAGAAAAGGGACAUUUUGGGAUUCUAAAAGGAUGAAAGCCUAUGCAUCAUCCGACUCCUAUCUGUGAUUACUAAUCUAAAUGUUAAUAAUCAUAGUAUUAUGUAGAUCAGUAGUAGCGACCGGUGUGCUAGCUUCGUUAUAAGUGUACAAAGUAAGUUAAGUACUUAUUAUGUU